AUGGUGGAAAGUAUUAAUGAACCGAAUCUGCGUGUGAAUGAUUUGGUGAUUAACAAUACUUGGGAUGUUCACAAGAUGAAUCAUUUAAUUGGUGAGAACUUGACUAGAGAAGUUGUUAAUUCUGUAGGCAGUUUGCAACAGGCUCAGGAUACUAUGAUUUGGCUGCCGGAUAAAAAUGGGUUGUUCUCCUCCAAGUCAGCAUGGGACAUCAUUCGAAUGAAAUUCCAGAAAUUGGACUGGUCUUGUUGGAUUUGGAACAAAUGGAUCCCAAAAAAAGUUGCUAUUUGUAUAUGGAAAGCAACUUUUAAUUGUCUUCCAGUGGAUGUCCAAAUUAGAAAAUGUGGUAUCCCCUUGGUAUCAUGUUGUAAUUGUUGUCAUGGGGGGCAUGAGGAAGAUCUGGAACAUGUGAUUAACAAGGGAGAUUUUGUGAUGGAAGUGUGGAAGAGAGUAUAUGCGGAACUGGGCAUUCAUUUCAUUGCUCUACAAGGGUGGAAGGAAAGAGCUCAAGGGUUGUUUAAUAGAGCUUCUUGGCACUCCCAGAUAGGGAUACUAUAUUCGAUGAUCCCUAUUGUGGUUAUUUGGCAAUUAUGGAGGCGGCGCUACAGGGCUAGAAUGGAAGGUACUUCUGAAUCCUUUUCUUUGGUUGUUGGAAAUAUCAUGUACUGGCUGAAUCAUAUUGCUAGCAACGUGAAUAAAGUCAAGCGGUUGUCAUGUGUGGAUAGAGCUCUGCUUUCCAGGUUUGGUGUAAAAAUCGUGGAACUAAAAAAAUGUAGUGCUUGA